AUCAAACUAAAACAAAAGCGCCACGUAAGCUAGUUCCCGCGUAAUUCGCUCGCUUCCUUCACACAAGCAGCAUAAAAAAGGAACAAAUAAAUGCAAGCUUCAAAAAAUCGUUUUUUUUUUCAAUUUUUAAGAUACUUUAAUAUUCAACUUCAUCGUUUUUCGAUUGAUAAUGGAGCCUGCUGCAUUGAGAAGUGGAUUCAAUGAUCAUAUUUCAGUCGAAUCUAACGGCGGAUUUGAUUGUCCAAAAAAUAAGCAACCAUUCAUAAUCGGAGUUGCAGGAGGAACGGCAUCUGGCAAAACGACAGUUUGCAACCAGAUCAUUUCACAGCUUCACGAUCAACGUGUUGUUCUUGUUAAUCAAGAUUCGUUUUAUCGCUCACUCAACGAUGAUCAAUUAGUGAACGUUCACGAAUACAAUUUCGAUCAUCCUGCUGCUUUUAAUACUGAGCUUUUGCUUUCAUGUAUGGAGAAAUUAAGACGGGGACAUCCAGUUAACAUUCCUAGCUAUGAUUUCAAGAGUCAUAAAAGUAUUGAACCGUCACGUCUGGUUAAUCCAGCGGAUGUUAUCAUUUUAGAAGGAAUUCUCGUUCUCCAUGAUUUCCACGUUCGCAAUCUUAUGAACAUGAAGAUCUUUGUUGAUAUAGAUUCCGAUGUGCGGCUUGCAAGAAGAAUUCAAAGGGAUACAGUGGAAAGAGGGAGGAACAUUCAGAAUGUUCUCGAUCAAUACUCGAGAUUUGUAAAGCCAAGUUUCGAAGAAUUCAUACUACCAUCGAAGAAGUUUGCAGACAUAAUCAUCCCUAGAGGAGGAGAUAAUGAUGUCGCCAUUGAUUUAAUAGUACAACAUAUUCUUACCAAGCUUGGCCAGCAUGAUCUAUGCAAAAUAUAUCCAAAUAUCAAUGUUAUAUUUUCAACAUUUCAGAUUCGGGGAAUGCACACCCUUGUCCGUGAUGUCAAAACAACAAAGCAUGACUUUGUAUUCUAUUCAGAUCGAUUGAUUCGCUUGGUUGUGGAGCAUGGUCUCGGGCACCUUCCUUUCACUGAGAAACAGAUUAUUACUCCAACAGGUUCUGUGUAUUCUGGAGUUGUGUUCUGUAAAAGGUUAUGUGGGGUCUCCGUUAUUAGAAGUGGAGAAAGCAUGGAGAAUGCACUAAGAGCAUGCUGCAAGGGAAUCAAAAUUGGUAAAAUUCUCAUCCAUGGAGAUGGAAAAAAUGGGCGGCAGUUAAUUUAUGAGAAGCUACCAGCAGACAUCUCAAGCCGCCAUGUGUUGUUACUAGAUCCUGUUCUAGCUUCAGGAAACUCGGCAAUCAAGGCUAUAUCUCUGCUUCUUAGUAAAGGCGUCCCAGAAACCAGCAUCAUCUUUCUUAAUCUUAUAUCAAUGAGUAUUGUGAAACUGCAGGCACCGGAAGGAAUUCAUGCAGUGUGUAGGAAAUUCCCAAAGCUAAAAAUAGUGACAUCCGAGAUAGAUUCAUCGCUAGAUAAGAAUUACGGGGUGAUUCCAGGCAUGGGGGAGUUCGGGGAUCGCUAUUUUGGCACCGAUUAGUUAUUUUGGUGAUCCAGUCUACACGCCCAAACAAAACUUGAAGAUAUUGACUCACCUUAGCUAGUUUUUGCUCAAAUCAUGUCAGUUCUGUAAAUAUUCCUUCUGCCUGCAGAGUACAAGAAUUCUUGUGAAACAACAAAUAAUCCUUGCAAGUACAAUUAUUCAAACUUGCAUCUUUCAACACAUUCUAUCACGAGUUUUUUUUUUUUUACUCAACACGAAUUAACAAUAUGUCAAAAUUCAAUUUAUUACACUUUUCAAA